AUGAGCCAGAAGCUGCGCGAUCUGAUUCGCGCCGUGCGUGCGAGUAAGACAGCAGCUGAGGAGCGUGCGGUCAUUGCCAAGGAGAGCGCGUUGAUUCGCACAGCGUUCAAGGACCAGGACAAGCAGUACCGUCAUCGGAAUGUAGCCAAGCUGCUGUUUAUCCACAUGCUCGGGUACCCUUCCCAUUUCGGUCAAAUGGAGUGCGUCAAGCUGAUUGCAAGUCCGUACUUUGCCGAGAAGCGCAUGGGCUACUUGGGUCUGAUUCUACUGCUUACGGAUCAGGAGGAUGUGCUGACGCUCGUGACGAAUUCUGUGAAGAAUGAUUUGAACAACCAGAACCAGUUUAUUGUGGCCUUGUCACUCAUGGCUGUGGGCAACGUGGCUUCUGCGGACAUGGCGCGUGAUUUGGUGAUGGACAUUGACCGUCAUUUGCGCAGUGACAACGAGCAUUUGCGCAAGAAAGCGGCAUUGGCAGCGAUUCGAGUAUUUACAAAGGUGCCAGAUCUGGUGGAGGACUUUACGGAAUCAAUAUUGGGACUGCUGCGUUCCAAGCACCAUGGUGUGCUGCUUGCGGGCGUGCAGCUUAUCACGGAAGUGGUAUUGCUUGACACAGCAAACUUGAAGAAAUUCAGCAGCCUCGUCCCGAAGCUCGUUCGCCAGCUGCGUAAUUUACUGUCCAUGGGGUACUCGAGCGAGUACGAUGUCAGCGGCAUUGCUGAUCCGUUUCUGCAGGUAGCAAUCCUGAAGCUCUUGCGGCUUCUGGGGAAGAAUAACGAGGAAGCCAGCGAGGCAAUGAAUGACGUGCUAGCACAAGUUGCUACGAACACGGAGACGGCUAAGACAGCUGGCAAUGCGAUUCUUUACGAAUGCGUGCAGACUAUAAUGACUAUUGAGAGCGACAGCGGGCUCCGUGUGCUUGCUAUCAAUAUUCUGGGGCGUUUUCUGCUCAAUCGCGACAACAACAUUCGCUACGUAGCACUCAAUACGCUGUCGAAAGUUGUCGCCGACGACGUUACGGCGGUGCAGCGUCAUACCAACACGAUCGUGGACUGCCUUAAAGAUCCGGAUACGUCCAUUCGUCAGCGAGCACUUGAGCUCAUCUACUCGCUCGUCAACUCCGCCAAUAUUCAGUCGCUCGCUCGUGAGAUGCUCAAUUACCUCGUGAUCGCCCCGAACGACGAGAAGCCUGAGUUGUGCUCGCGAAUUGCCGAUGCGGUGGACCGGUUUGCGCCUUCGAGCCGGUGGCACAUCGAUACAUUGAUCACGAUGCUGUCGAUUGCUGGUUCGACACUGCCAGACGAGCGGAUAUGCAGCUCGCUCAUUACGCUUAUUCAACGCAACACGGAUCUGCACACUUAUGUGGUUCAUAAGCUCUUCUGGGCCCUUCACGAUGAUGUGUCUCAACUAUCUCUUGUGCACGUUGGUAUCUGGUGCAUUGGUGAGUAUAGCAAACUUCUGUUGCUGGACGCCCCUGCAUCGGAAGACACGCUUGACGAUAAGAGCCGAGUGGACGAAAGCAGUGUCGUGGAGCUGUUUGAGACAAUUCUGCGUCACCAUGGAUCUACGGACGUCACGCGUGCGUACUCUUUGAACGCGAUGGUGAAACUCACGACGCGACUCAGCGCUUCGACUGAGAUCAGCAAGCUAAACUCGAUGCUUUCCUCAUUCAAAACAUCUGUGGUGCUUGAGCUUCAGCAGCGCGCCACGGAGUACACAACGCUAGGUCAGCCACAAUGGUCGUCUAUUCGCAAUGAUGUUCUUGCUGGCAUGCCCGCCAUUGACGCAUCCAAGGUGCGCAGCCGCAACGACGAUCUCGUGUCGUCGGACGUAGCUUCUACCGAUCUUCUGGGUGAGGAACUUACAGGAACGAGUUCAAGUAGCGAGAACAUCACAGCUGGAUCAAAGGUGAUCAAGCCUGCACAGUCCAGUGCCAGUUCAAGUCUGCUAGACCUGGACGACAUUUUCGGUGGUGCAUCAGCGUCGAAUGCGGAAACGACGUUAUCGUCUUCUUCUACUGCCCCGACUGCACCUCCUGCUGUGGACUUGCUUGCCGACAUUUUUUCUGGUGGGUCGGCUGCACCCGCCCCAGCACCUGGUUCAAGUCGCGGCGGUGCCGUGGCCGCAGGCGCGAAUGAUUUGCUAGGGUUAAUGGACUUUGGCGCCCCCGCCCCCGCACCGGCUCCCCCUGCAGCAAUCCCGCCGGUGCGUGCUUAUGAGAAGAAUGGGUUGAUGGUGGACUUGACGAUCACGAAGCCCAACCCUGACGAUAGCUCCGUGACGUACAUCACGGCAACUAUUCGGAACUCUACGGCCAUAUCGAUCGAGAAGUUUAUGUUCUUGGCCGCGUUCCCGAAGUACGUCAAGCUAAAAAUGGAGCCUCCUACUGGUGAUGCUGUGCCACCGAACAGUAGUGGCGCAGUCACUCAGGUCGUCAAGGUCCAGAAUACGCUGCAUGGAGAGAAACCCUUGCUGAUGCGAAUCAAGCUCGAGUUUGUCGUUAAUGGCAGCAAGGUGGAGGACAUGGCGACUGUGAGCAACUUCCCGUCCAACAUUUAG